AUGGUUGUUGUUGUUGUUGUUGUUGUUGUUGUGAUGGUGGGGAUUGUUGUUGGCGUUGGUGGUAGGAAGGUUGUUGGUACCGCUGGACGGGCGGCCCAGGGUCGCCUGCGCCUCCAGCCAGGACAGGCCGAGGGUGAAGAGGAGGAAGAGGCAACGGGAAGCAGCAAAACGGGUCAUCGGACAAGGUGUCGUCAAGACCGAGGCAGCGAGUCGUUUCAGACAGAUUGGGCUCAACUGGACGAUGCUGUCGUGGUCAGGUUGGCUUUAACUUUGCGCAUUGUUGAAAAGUGCGACUCAAGCAUGAUCCGAUGCACACAAACAGGCGAUCGGAUCGAGGCAGACUCGAGUUAA